CGCGCAGGCAGCACGAGGGGGCGGUCCCGGGCCGGGGGCGCGCGAGGAGGAGCCGGGGCGGCGCUGGAGGCUUCGGGCUUCGGCGGCAGCAGCCAGCAGCAGCGGGAGCGGCGACGAUCUCCGCGGCUGGUCUCCCGCUCCUCUCCUGCUGGGGUUGCGCACCGGGAGCGGGCUCCCGUCGGCGCGGUGGCUGGCGGCCGGGACGUCGCCUGGCGGGAUGGCCCGGCUCUCGCUGCCUCGCCUCUGCCCGCCGCCCUCGCCGCCGCUGCUCCUGCUGCAGCUGCUGGUCCUGCUGCUCUGCCGCGGCAGCUUCGGCAACCGGCACGCCGUGCAUUGGAACAGCUCCAACCCGCACUUACGGCGAGAGGGUUACACAGUCCAGGUGAACGUCAACGACUACCUGGACAUCUACUGCCCCCAUUACAACACCUCGGUGCCCGAGGGGCGCAUGGAACAGUACAUCCUCUACAUGGUGAGCCUGGAGGGGUACCAAGCGUGCGACAUCAGCCUAGGCUCCAAACGCUGGGAAUGCAACCGGCCUCGCGCCCCACACAGCCCCAUCAAGUUCUCGGAGAAGUUCCAACGUUACAGUGCCUUCUCGCUGGGUUAUGAAUUCCACGCUGGACAGGAAUACUACUACAUCUCCACUCCGAUGCAUAAUCACCGCCGGUCCUGCUUGCGAAUGAAGGUUUUCGUCUGCUGCCGUUCCCCGCCGUUUUCUGGGGACAGAGCAAUAUCAACUCUUCCGCCGUUCACUAUAGGGCCCGAAGUGAAGAUUGAGGAUCUGGAUCAUUUUAACCCGGAGAUGCCCAAACUGGAGAAAAGCAUCAGCGGAACCAGUCCGAAAUGGGAACAGUUGCCUUUAGCCCUGGCGGUGGCUUUCUUCCUUAUGAUUCUCCUGGCCUCCUAGCUGUGUGGAUUGUAGGAGAGGAGGGGGCCAGCAGUAGCCCCCUCCCCACACAGGCCCGGUCCCCUCCCCAAGGUUUCCUUGGCUGUUGGUUGGCGGACAGAAUGAAACAAGCAAAGUAUAUUACCACGAAAUUCCAGAGGGAGCCACUUGAGACGGCACACGGCUGGGUGGGAAGUGGGGGGGAGGGAGAUCACAGAAGAGAACGGUGGGUUUAUGUGAGCAUCAUAACUGCUCCUCUGUCUGGUCGUUCCAGCAAACCGGAUAUCGUGAUUCCCGCUUUGGCGUCCUCUCCGCUUUCCGGUCCACCAACAUGCCGAGGAACGGCUCUGCUUUUUAAAGGCAGGCUCCAGAAAUUAAAGACACCCCCCUUCCUUGGAAGAAAAAAAAAUUGGGGGGUCUGUGUGCGUGUGUCUUCUUUUUUUUCUAAAAAAAAAAAAAAAACGCGGCGAUUUUGCAUCGCUGCCCUGUAUCCCUAUCUUGUCAGGUCUGUUCAAGCGGAUAAACCCGGCGGACGUAUCCACAAGAUCAUACUCGUGAGGAUUGGGGGGGGGGAGUCAGGAUACGGACUGAUUGUACGCCUGGCUGUUUUGGGGAAAGUUUAGGGGGGCCUGGGGAGAGCCCUGUUUAGAGAGGGGCGCUGCGUCCCACUGAGCUUUUGAUGCCCGAGAUCGGGGAGGGGGGGGUCCCCGUCGUCUUCCGGUGGGCCUUUUGACCUUGAUGGAGACCCGAUAUUUUGGAGAGGGGACCCUGUACAUAUCUCUAGUAUGUGUUCUGUACAGAGAGGCACCCUUAUUACCUGUGUCUAUAGAUUAUAUGAAAUUGUUCUUGUCGGGGGUCCGCGCGGGACAGGCACCGGCCUGCCUGUUUAAGCCAGAGUCUUUUCUUUGGGGGGGGGAGGGCAGCUCUUCCUGUCUGUCUUCUGUGAAGACUUAAAACUAUGCAAGCAGCACAGUCACUUUUUUUUUUCCUUUCAAGGUGGUGGUGGGGGUCCCCGGUGGUAAAAAAAAAAGGCCGGCCAAAUCCAUGGGGGGGUCAAAAGAAGAAGAAAAAAGAAACCGGGGGAGGGGGUUGAAAAAAAAAGAUUUCUCUCUACGUGUACAUGCGUCGGUUGGUUUUAUUAUUAUUAUUAUUAUUUUUCUCUCUAUCUCUGAACUUUUGGGCUUGGAUUUGAUUUGGGUUUCUUCCCCCCGAGAACUUUGGCUCGUGGUUUUCAUAUACUUCCUCUUAGUCUAUUAAAAAAAAAAUUUAAAUAAAAGGCGAAGAAAAAGAGAAGAAAAAAAAACCGA